UUUCUCAAUCUCUCCCUCUCGUCAAUUCAGUUGGAAGGACUUGGCUGCUGAACCAAAAAACCGAGUCCCAACAUAUCAACAAACGGAUAACGGGUGAAACUCACUGAUUUACCUGUUUUGAGGAUGAGUAGUUGAAUAAUUUGGAGAUUUGGCAGAAAUGGGUACCAUUACCGCUUCUCCUUCGACUCUUCACCUCUCUUUUCAUUUUACAAUUACUCCCACACCAACUACCAGUAGUACCAGACAUGCUCUUCCAGUUCUCAACACCCUUGGCAAUAGGAGGAUUCUAGGGCUUGUCCGUUGUUCUCACGGAGGAAUAUUAGAAAAAGGACAAGGUGCAGUUGAUCCUGAUCUCCGGCCGGUGCUUGAACUCGCUACUGACUCGGAGUUGUAUGAGCUAGAGAGAAUUCUAUUUGGUCCUAGUUACUUCAGUCCUUUGCUAAAAUCCAUAACGGGGAGGAGAGUGGACGUUGAUUAUGCCACAAUCGAAGAAGACCUUGCAGAGCGGGAAGCUUUUAUAGAAGCUCUGGAGUCCCGAUUCCUAUUCCUUGCUGCAGAUGCCAGGUCAACAAUUAGGGGUUGGAGGCCUUCAUAUAGAAAUGUAUUGCUUGCUGUUAGGAAAAAGUUAAACAUUCCUUGUUCUAGAAAAUUGUCAACUGAAGACCUAGAAGCAGAAAUUUUCCUUCAUCUAGUUCAAGAUUAUUCAAGUGAAGAGUCAGGUACUUUUCCAAGCUUAUGGGAAUCAUCUAUGAUUUCCAAUGAUCAAAGCAGUCUUGAACUUGGACCUAGGCAGUGGAAGGGACCAGCCCUUGCUGCUCUAAAACUUGGGCUGGUAGAGCUCCAAUCAAUGGUGUUGAAGAGUGGUGGAAUGUUUACAUUGUCAAGUUUUUAUCAACUAUUUUCAAGGAAAUUAUCAGGGAAGGUGUUUCUAGAGGCUGCCAACUAUCAAGUUAAAAGGGAAAUCAUCAAGAAGGGUGGACAGUUGGCUGCCAUUAAUUUGGAGUCCAGAGCAGCCUUGCUUGCAGCAAAGCAGGGUUUUGCUGGAGCGGCGACAAGAUAUCUUGGUUUUAGGAGCAUGAUUUCAUUACUUGGCCCACUGAUGUGGGGAACAUUUCUGGCAGAUGUCGUGAUACAAAUGCUGGGAACUGAUUAUGCUAGAAUUUUGCGUGCAAUAUAUGCAUUUGCUGAGAUUCGUGUCACUCGUACUUAUAGGCUACCAUCAGAUAUCGAUUGAAGUAGAAGAUGGCAUCAAACUUUUUAGCAUGUUAGAUGGAGAGCUUUAGUUGGUUAUUCCGCUUCAGAAGCAUAUUCUCAUUAGACAGACGGUCUCAGUUUUAUGGUUAUUUUGCUUCAGAUUAGCUGUUUGCUAGUGUUCCAUUUGGUCCUGUGACUCUUGGAUAGAGUAUUAGAAUGGAAAAUCCAUUAGAUAAUGCUCUCAGUGACAUUUGUUCUAGCCUGUAGCCUGUCCUUGGCAUUACUUUUGAUACUAUUGUUGAAAAAAGUUUUUAUUUUUUAAUA